AUAUUAGCGUUAGCGUUAGCAUUAGCGAUUUUCCCGAGUGACCAGCGCUGUUCCGGUGUUGCUGCAGCCGGUGGCACAGCACUUUGCCCUGGGCACUCUUCACUAAGCUCUCCGCGUCACUAAAGUCCACCUUUCGUACUGUGUCCUGUCAGGAGAAACCAUUGGCGUGUUGUUUUCGUUGCUGUCUGCGUGCACAGGUUGACUUUAGAGAAAUGGCUAUGAGACAAACUCCUCUCACGUGCUCCGGUCACACCAGGCCUGUGGUGGAUCUGGCCUUCAGCGGAAUCACUCCUUAUGGCUACUUUCUCAUCAGUGCUUGUAAAGAUGGUAAACCGAUGCUGCGCCAGGGAGACACAGGGGACUGGAUCGGGACGUUCUUGGGUCACAAAGGUGCUGUUUGGGGCGCCACCUUGAAUAAAGAAGCCACGAAGGCGGCGACUGCGGCUGCUGAUUUCACUGCAAAGGUUUGGGACGCAGUGACGGGAGACGAGGUCCUCACUCUGGCACACAAACACAUCGUCAAAUCUGUUCACUUCACACAGGACAGCGAGUGUCUUUUGACCGGAGGAAAUGAUAAAGUGCUGCGGAUUUAUGACCUCAGUAAACCUGAAGCAGAGCCGCGAGAGAUCUCGGGUCACACGGCAGCCAUAAAGAAAGCGCUGUGGUGUAACAGCGACCAGCAGAUCCUCUCUGCCUCAGAGGAUAAAACCAUACGUCUCUGGGACAGAAUCACAGGAGAGGUGGUGAAGACGCUGUCGUUCGAGACGUCCGUCAGCAGCAUGGAGUACGUCCCCGACGGCGAGAUCCUCGUCAUCACCUACGGAAGGGCCAUCGCCUUCUACAACGCUCAAACCCUGGACCUGAUCAAGACGGUGGAUGCUCCGGCCUCCAUCCACUCCGCCUCUCUGCAUCCUGACAAAGAUUUCUUUGUGGCAGGAGGAGACGACUUCAAACUGUACAAAUUCGACUACACCACCAAGGAGGAAAUGGAGUCAUAUAAGGGUCACUUCGGGCCUGUGCACUGUGUGCGCUUCAGUCCUGACGGAGAGCUGUACGCCAGCGGCUCUGAGGACGGGACGCUGCGUCUGUGGCAGACCGCCGUAGGGAAAACGUAUGGACUGUGGAAGUGUGUGCUGCCCGAGGAGCUUUCUUCAGAGAACUCGGAAGCUCUCUACUGCCCUCCGGCUGAGAUCAAGGCCUGAGGUGUGGACCUGAAGAGAGGAGGAGAGGAGAGGAGAGGUCCAGGACAGGCCCAGAUCAGAUCAGAUCCCCUGCAGAGUGCUGUGCCACCUCAAUCUCCAUCACCCUGUAAAAAUAAGAAGAAAAGAGAAGCAACAAACGGGCGCUGAGCGGAGCUGAAGCCGGGGAGUGCAGGGAAACGCAGCAGCACGUCACGCUACACCAACCAGACCACGCACCAGGAGGCAGUAGUAGAGAUGGGAGUGCUGAUGUUCUGACUCCCAGCUGCCUGCUCUCUCUCUGAUGCUGUUCGACGUCGUCCGGCUCCUCCGACCCUACUUUACUUUCGUUGAGCUUUUGUUUUUGUCAUCGUUUUUGUUGUUUUUUUUUUCCCCCACAGAACGUGAACAAAAUGUGCUUUUAAACAAAUACCAAAAGAAUAAAAGGAUCCAGUCAGUGAAGAGGAUCCUGAGGUGUUGCUUCACAUGUAAUCCACAGUGGUGUCGUGGUGUAUUAUAUUAAUCACCCGUCAGUUUUGGGGUGUUGUUUUGAAAUGUAACAGUGACUUAAGAAAAAAAAAACUAACAAAAAAUUGACUUAAGUUCUUAAUGUUUUUCUUUGCAAACUAUUCCAAUGUGUGAUCAAUAAAGUGUUGACGAGAUUACAUUUA